CUUCAUUAAUCCAACUCAAAUAAUACUUGUUUCGUUCAGAUAAUGAAAAACACGACCACACUGAAGACGUAACCUGAUAAAAGUCAGCAAUCACAAAAAUAAUAUUAGAUUUAUUGGUUAUAUAUAUUAAAACCUCUAACUGUCGUGUGAGUAUGAAUCAUCUGAUGACACAGGGUCACUUGAGACGCAGUCAAAUUUACACCCGCAAUUCUUAUCUGUUCAGAACUGACCAGAACCGUCACGAACUUCCUCUCGAUCUCGGGAAACACCUUGAAUGGAAUUGUCUGCUAUAUAUAGAUAAAUGACGUCAUUUCAGAAUCCUCCCUCGCAAUGCGACAGAAUAAAUACUACUCAACGACGACUACUAUUAUUAACACAGAUUUCAUCACAUCUCUUGCACCACGCUUGAUGUAGAUAUUGACUUAAAUAAGAUAGAUAUAUAUUACUCAGAAUGUAGUGUAUGUAAUUCAAAUAUUUGAAUAAAAAACAAAGGAUUUAAUAAAUAACUAUGUCGUCUACGCUCCAUAUAUUAAAUAGUUGUAUGGACAUUAUUACAUCCGAUUGUUUACGUCAUGCGAGAAACAACUUUCAGCAGUGAUAGCGUUUACCUUAUAAAUACAACCACUUGUGUGAAUUACUCAUGCUAUGUUUACAAGUGACUAAUAUAUUGCCACGUUAAAUAUUUUAGGAGUUAGAAGGGGAACAUAGUUUGUAGUGAAACCUCGAUGUGGAUAGACCUGGGUUCAUAGAGAGAGACUUUCUGUUAGUAUUUCCGGAUUCGAUCGAUAGGACCAGGAUCUACCGAUAGAAACAACACAACUCACAGUGACUGUUCAGUCUCCCUGUCGCCAUUUUAAAAGUGUCCUUUCGUGUGAGUGUUGGAAGGUUAUUAUUACUAAGAACUAUCAGGACACAGUCAGCUGAUAGUGUAAAUAUUGUGACAAGUUAUUGUCUUGUUCAAAGAAAUGAAGAUUCAUGACUGUUCUGUUUUUAAGGAUAUUCCGUUCAGUGACAUGUUUCGUGUUGAACCUCAUCAUCACCAUGUACUGAGUGAACACGGAAGUGGAUUUUUCUCUGAAAGAAUUCCUGCUACUGGAUCUCCAGAGGUCACCAGAAGGCGUGGCAGGUCUCGAGAGUUUGUUAUUCCCAUACAGGUUGAGGGGAUAGACGCGCCAUACAGCCCACAACCACUGAUAGAUCUGACUGAGGAUUACCACGAUAUUCCUAGUCAAAACACCAAUAAUAAUGGAGUAAAUAGUCGGUCACGGAACCGUCGAAGAGCUCAGGCCAGUUCUCCAAGCCAAAGCACCAGCCAUGGAAAAGGCAAAUCUAGUCAAGACAAUUCUGCAUCAACUUUUUCAGUUUCUCAAGGCGCUCAAUCAUCAGCGAGAAAUAGAUUUUCAGAGGCCAUUCAAGGCUCCUCCCAGCAGCCUGAUCCAUCAGAUUCACGUCUGUCAGAUGAAUUGAUUGAUUUGUGUAUGUAUGAGGACUUGGCAUGCGAUUCGGCAUCAGAUGUGUAUAUAACUGAGAGUUAUAAUAGAACCUUCUUUGCUGAAUCAAGUCCAGCAUCUUCCCAUAGUGACAGCAUUCUGACAAAACAUGCAGAAUCCCAUACAAGAGGAAAGCAAGAUUCAAUUAACAGGGUAACUCCGACACCAAGCUACCCAGUGUAUCGGUACCUUAAGUCCCAACUUGCAUCAGACGGACGUCAGAUUGAUUACAUUCGUGGGGAUGGCAACUGCUUUUUCCGAGCUCUUAGCAAAGAAAUUUAUGACUCCGAAGAAUUCCAUGAAGAUGUGCGUCAAGCUGUGGUAGACUUGGUGGAAAAGUUUCCCGGAGAGUUCGAACAAUUUCUGGAUGCAGGCACACAGAUGCUUGAUCAUAUUAAUGAAAUGAGAAAGACAUCAACUUGGGCUUCAUCAGCUGAAAUAUAUGCUGCAGCUACACUCCUUCAGCGAGACAUUUAUGUCUUGUCUCCAGAUCAUUCUGGUGAUGCUUACAACUGGAUGCUGUUCAAGCCCCGAUUCACCUACACCAGAGACACAUCCUACCAUCCAUGUUUCAUCACCCUGUGUCACACUCACGGCAAUCAUUAUGACAGGAUCACACCCAACCUCGGAAAUUGUAACUGUGAUUAUGAACCCCCUGCACUGUCAGGAGUUAGUGCCUAUGUGGAUCUAACUGGGAAAGACUGUUGAGGUAUCCUGUCACCACGUGUUCUUUUUGAAAAUAGUUUGUUUUGUUCAUUGUGUUUAACAUUUCAUAAAGAUUCAAUUUCUUGAUUUUUCUCACAUAAGAUACAUUUAAUGCUGUCAAUAGUUAUAAUUUAUCAAAUAUUUCCUAUUAAAAACUCACAUUUAUCAAUUUAUUAUUUAUUUUGUCAACGUUCAGCCCUUUUCAUCAUUUUCAUGUUGAUUAUGAUUUCCUCAACGGUGUUUAAGCUAGUAAGUUAUUCAUGCUUUUUCAAUUUGUCUUUUUCUCUAAAUAAUAUAUUGUUAUUAUUUUUCUGCUUUCUUGUCCACUGAGAAAUGCUUUCAUGAUUGUGGAUCACCAUGUGAUAUGUGAUUUAUACAUCAAUCAGUUUUGUAUUGUGUAAUGAAGUUAUCAUGUUGCUUGUAUUUGUUGUAAAUCCUUGGUGUAUCAAUAUUACCAUGUGUCUUUCACCCAGUAAUUGUGGAGAUAAUCAUUCAGUAUUUCAUUUAAGAUGUAAUAAUCAGGAUAACAUGAUUCAUAUGAAGAGUGCCUAUUUAUGAGAAAUCAACACAUGCUUGCAAAACCAAGACCAAGACUUGCUUCAUUUAGUUCUAUUGCAUUAGAGUAAGGUCUGGGCAGAAGGGAAAUAAUAGGAUUCAGGGAGUGUGAGACAGACUAGAAACCACCCUACCCCGGUAAUGUUCACAAGUUUGAAGUGUGGCAUGUAUAAAUUGUCUGAAUAUCAGUAGUAAUAAUUCGCUGCCAGUUUUUUCAGGUCAUACUUUUCCUUAGCCUUAGGUAGACCACAAUGGCAGAAAAAUCUAAACAUGCCAAAAAGUUGAAUAAAAUAGCUAUAUUGAAUGAAGCUUGUGAAAAGUAUAAGUGUACAUCUAAGGUGUGGUCGCUCCUUCACCAUGGGUACAAACAGAGACGUCAAAUGUUAGUUGCAGAUGUUUGUUUCAAACAUUUUACAUAGAGAUUUUGAGGUGGCAUAUGUGCUGUUAUCAUGAUUAUCUACCACUGUUUUAACCCCAAGAAAGAUACAAACUGGACCAGUGAUUAUUUUCAUCAAUGCUGGCCUCAUUGCUGCAGGAAACAAGGCCCUAUUUACCAACUGAUUCCUCAUUAUCCAUGUGUCAUGGUCAAAGCAAAAGUGCCAAAUUGUCAUUGCCAUGUUCAAGUUGUUAAUAAAUGUUUUACUGUU